UGCCCAGGACGCUGCGCAGAGCCGAGCCGAGCCGAGCCGAGCCCCUCCAGGCACCAGGCGCCCCAACCCGGAGAGAAACUUCCCCCGAGGAGCCGCCCGCCUUCCCACCUCCUUCUCCCCGGGCGCUUGUGUGAUCCUCCGAGCCUUGCCAUGGCGGCCCUGCAAGACCUGUGCCUGCUUCUCCUGUUGAUGUCGCCCUUUGGCGCCUCCAGAUCAAUUCAGAACCUGGUCCUGGAAGACAGCGAGGGGAGUGGGGACAGCGAGGGGGCUUCCCCCAGCCCCACUUCUGCCGGGGCGACGCUGAGUGCGAGUCCCACCUCAGGGAGCCUGGCGGUCGAUUCGGUCAACGGAACGUUGCACUCCUUCAACCUCCUGGACGGCAUUGUGAACUUCUUCCAGACGUACAUGCUGCUGAUCCUGGUGGUGGGCUCUCUCCUCCUCAUCUUCCUGUCCAUCGUGUGUGCAGCCGUCAUCACCCAGCAGAAGCACAAGGCCUCCGCCUAUUACCCCUCGUCUUUUCCGAAGAAGAAGUACGUGGAUCAGAGCGACAAGGCUGGGGGAGCCAAGGCCUUCAGCGAAGUCCCCGAGAAGACGUCCAAGGACAGCCAAGAGGAGCCGGUGGAUUCCACCAAGCAGUUGCAGGCUGACAUCUUAGCUGCGGCCCAGAACCUCAAGUCUCCAACCAGGGUCGUGGCGAAUGGGAAAAGUGGCCCUGUGGAAGACCCACCCGCGGAAGGAAAAGAGGAAGGGCCCCAGAAAGCGGGAGACGUGGAGGAGGGCAGCUCCAAAGAAGAAGAAGAAGAAGAAGAAAAAGACGAAGAAAAACCACCCACUGAGGCCGAGCUGCCUCCAGAGACAUCAGCGCCAAACGAUUUGGUGGAUGCUGAGACCCAAGAAGAAGAGGUCCCAUCGCUGGUGGUGGAGACCCAUCCAUCUCCUCCCGAGGAGCCCAAGGAAGCCCCACCACCCACCGAGGAAUCUGCCAUGCCUGCCUCCGAAGGGGAGAAGGAGCAGAAGGAAGAGCCCAGCGCUCCACUGACUCUCGACCCCACAGAAGAAUCCAAAAACUGAAUGGGGUCACUUCCCACCACUGGCGGGACAGCUGACAAUAUGAAACCUACAGGAACCUGUUUAUCAAAUAGAAGGGAGCAGAUCUUUUACCUUACCUGCAAAGGAGACAAGUUAGCCACCUCCCACCCUCCCAAGAAAUACCUGAAAGUUCUGCAUUCCUGCAGUUUUGCUUUAAUGGACUUUCUUCAGUUAGGCAGACUUGCCCAAGUCUGCUGCCCUCCAGCUGCAGAAGACCACGACUUCCAUCGUCCCCUGCCAACCUGCUCAGGGAGGUGACGAGAGUUGCUUAACACACCUGGGGGGAGGGGAAGUUGAGGGGCCGCUGCGUCAUAAUGUAGCUACUCAACCAGAUAUCACUGAGAAGGUAAGAUAGAACUUACUUUAGGAGACCUGUUGAAGACACACAUAGUCUUCAACCGGGUUCCGGGAUUCUUCUGGAGGAACCGUCGCAGGAUCGUCCUCCAGGACUUUCCCACUUUCAGGGAGAACAUACCUGCACAUACAUACAUGCUUACGUAAUGUUUGAGGUGGGCCCUUUGGGUGAGCAUCUAACUCUAUUUAUAUCAGUCCCUAAUUCUGGACCAAGGUUGUGUGCAGAGAUGAUUGGUCAACCUUUCUAUCAAUCAUGAAGUCAUCUCCGAUGCUGAUGAGAUCUUCUUUGGGCAAACCUGAAGUUAUUUCACACCUGUAUUUCUUUUAAAGCAAUCUUGGUUCAACUCUGUUUAGUUGUCUCUUAUAUCAAUGAUUAAUUCAUUUACUUUUAGUAUCAGCUCUGGAAGUUGAACUCAUGGCUGUAUUUAGCUUCAGAACGGUCAACCUGAAAUCAGAUUUUUAUGUACAAUUUCCAGCCAAGCAAUGACAACAAUAUAGGAUCCACCACUCAGUCCAAGUUUUUUUUUUUUAAAUCUGGUUUCUGAGAAUCCUUAACUGUAAGUUCUCCAGAUGCUUUAGGAGAUCUGAUUGCUCAAGGCAACCAACCUUGGGGAGAAUCUGAGGACAUUUCUGAUAAUUGUUCCUCUUAGAGGUCUACAGAUAUUCAAACUUUUGUGUGGAGGGGAAGAUACUGAAGACUUUCAUGAGUGAACGAAGCUCAACAAUGUUCAAUGUUCAAUCCUGAAGCUUUUCACUCGUCAAAAUGGUUAAUUUUCAGAGGCCU